UUACGUAUUGUUUGCCACAGAUCCUACAGUGAUUGGUAGAAAAAAAAAGCGAAAUCUCACAAACCAAGAUUCAACCACAAACUUCUCUGAAGAAGAUUUAAGCGCCCAAGAGUUGAUAGAUUUCUCUCCGAUAUACAGGGGGUUGCACAUAGCUCAUGCCUUAGGGAAAGUUUCAAACUUUGAAGCGUACUACAGGGCAGAAAGAACUAAACAAGCUAGGUUAGUUCUUCAACCACCAACAAAUAUGCAUGAAUCUGAAGAGAGCUAUAGAAACUAUAUCUACGCAGUGCUAGGGUUCUUUAUUUUGGAGGAUCAUGUUUUAAACACCGGCAGGGGGCUUAUUACCAAAGCUUUUUUGGAGGAUAUGUGGAGUAUGGCUUUGUCAAAAAUAACGACGGCCUUACAGACACAUUCAGCAUAUUGCACAGACGCUACGUUAAUUUUACGUAUUAAGGAUCUAAUUAUGUUGUUUUGCACGACAUUGAGGAAUUAUGGGUAUUCUGUGAAACCACUUUGGGAAUUAGUAAGAGAGCUAAGAGAUCACUAUACAGAGGUUCUUAUGCAAAGAUGGGUUCAAGUUUUUAGAGAAAUUCUGUCCAAAGAAGAUUACCAACCAAUAGAUGUACACAAUCAAGAAGAAUUUGAGCAUGUUUUACUAACAUUUCCAUGGGAUGGAGAUUUGCCUGAUGAUGUCACUUUUCCGUAUAGUUUUCCAUUUUCCAGAAUGGUACCCAAAAUCUACCAGCAGGUCAAAGAGUUUAUCUACGCCUGUUUGAAGUUUUCUGAAGAUUUAAAUCUCAGCCAAGUGGAAGUGGAUGAAAUGAUCAGAAAAUCGAUGAAUCUCCUGCUCACUAGAAGCUUUAGCGGUUGCCUAUCUUCGAUAUUCAGAAGUCCUCAUGUCGGUUUGCAGGAAAUAACACAAAUAAUCGUUGAUACGGGGUAUUUAGAAGAUGCCAACGUAUAUUUGGAUCAGUUUAUAUCAAAUAUAACUGGCGAGGAAAGUCGAGGUGCCACAGUGGGCACCAUCCAAGGCCAGUAUGGCAUGUUCCGAGUAGCCAGAGAGGACGCAGUGAGGCAAAUCAGCGAAAAACUGCGCCAAAAACUUAACGAAUUCCUAGAACUGGAAACGUACGACUGGACCCUAGUAGAACCUAAAGGACACGCCUCCAGCUUUAUAUCAGACAUUAUAGCGUUUUUACAGACUACUUUUCAUAGUUUCACACACCUACCGCCCGAAGUAGCGCAGGUUGCUUGUAGAUCGGCUUGUGAGCAUAUAGCAAAGUCCAUGUUUGCUAUGUUGAUGAAUACAGAGAUCAGGCAAAUAUCUAUGGGUGCUCUGAAUCAAUUGAACUUAGAUUUACUACAGUGUGAACAAUUUGCUGCAUCUGAGCCUGUGAAAGGUUUACAGCAAGACGAAUUGCUUGCAUACUUUGCCAAACUCAGAGAAUUAUUAGAUUUGUUCAUUACUUGGGACUGGCCUACGUAUUUUCACGAUUAUGCUCAAGAAACCAGCAAGUACAAAAAAUUUCAGCCUGAUAUUGCUAUAGUAUUACUGGAAAAGUUAAAGGAAGGUGAUAGGAAGAAUAUAUUUACUGUGCUGAAUAAGAAUGAAAGGGAUAAGAAAAAGCUUUUGGAGACUGUGCUGAAGCAGUUGAAACAGUUGUCAGUGAAGUAGUUGCUGGUUUUUCUUAGGAUACUAGUACAUGUUUGACGACAAGCUGGUCACUGUAUGGUUCGCUCCCCACCCCAACUACUGAGCAGUAGCACUACCCGCCAGUAUUUUGCAAUGUACAGGGUGGGUAAAAUUCGACGCUUUUAAAUGGAAACACCCUUUUCUAUAGGAGAUAGACGAAAACUAA